AUGAGCCUUCAAUCAUGUUCCUUAUAUGAAUUUAGAAUUACAGCAGUUUCAAAAUAUGGGGAGAGCAAGCCUGUUAUUUUAGUUCAAUAUACUGAACCCCAACUUAGUCCCCAACACAUUUUGGCUACAAAAUUGAGCCCAAAUUCAAUUGAAUUGAGUUGGGAGCCGCCCUAUAAAAGGGCUAAUGAUUUAAAGAAUUAUGUUGUCUACUGGACAGAUAAUUCAGAAGCACGUUUAGGUGAAUGGCAAAAAAUGAAUGUUUAUGGAAGGAGAGUUGUCUUUACCGAAUUAAAAUAUGACUGGUUUUAUCUGUUCUGCGCUACGGCUUGUUUUAACAAUGGAGAACGCUCGCCUCUGUCUAGGGCACUUUUUGCUAAAACUGAUAAAAUUGAAUUUAAUACUAAAUGUGUUGGUCACUCCCGUACAAUAGAAAUUAUGGAAGAAAUAGCCAGAAAAGAGGAAGAAAGGGAAGCUAGUGAAACCACGCCCUUAUUAAAAAGGCGUGGUUGUACAUCCUUUGCGAUUUAAUUUUAAAAAAUUUGACAAAAUUUUUUUUAAUUUUUAUUAGCUUUAGAUAAUCAAAAAAAGGUUGUU